AUGGCUACUACCUUAAACAACCGUCACGCCUUUCAGGUCAUCAUCCUUGGUUCUCAUGGUGGUCCCAUUGAUUCAAAAACAUCUUGUUAUCUCGUCCAUUCAACCAGCGCCUCUUGGUCCAAAAACUCUUUACUGGCCAUUGAUGCAGGCGCUUUAGCCUCUGGGAUUUUAGACAUUCUCACAAACCAACUUCUUAUAAACCAACCCUUUCUCGAUCCAAACUUACGUGCCCUCUACACUAAUCUUUUUGCGUCCCGACUCCCGCUAACCCCACAAAUAUACGCGCGCAAUGGGCUGGCCCCAGAGGAACGCCAAACUCCUAUCUUCCCACCUGAAACAAUGCCAUUCUCUAAACCCAUUGAAAAUACUUGGUACAUUAUAAACACCCUUAUUUCAACCAUAUGUGUCACGCACCCACAUCUCGAUCACAUUGCAGGGCUCGUCAUCAACUCGGGCAACUUCUCCUUCGAGUCUCCGAAAACCGUGGCUGGUUUGCCCUCUACAAUUGAUGCUUUGGCUUCUCAUAUUUUUAACGGUAUCAUAUGGCCGAACCUUACUACAGAAGGUGUCGACCCCGUGGGUCUAUUUUCCAUGAAGCGCCUCAAUCCAGAAAGAUCCUUUUUUUAUACACAAGCUCAUUCUUCUCGUCAUGAAACUUCUGGACCCUUUUCCCCAUCUUACUCUCUAGCUACAAAAAGAACAAUUAGUGGCCAUGAUAUUAGCAGACACGAUUCACAUGCUAAUAGUUCUGCAACUUCUGCAUCUACUCCUACUACUACAGGGUGUGGUGGUGGUGGUGGUGGUGGUGGAGGCGGACGCGGAGGAGGGGGCGGCAGUAGUAAUAACAGUGGCAGCAGUAUUAGCAGCAGCACUACAACCACCAUUGGUAGUAGUACCACUAACAGCGUCACGGAUGUCGGAGAAGGUGGGUACUGCAGUUCCAAUGUAGUAAUAACAAAACGCUCCACAGCACCAUCAUCCCACGACAAGCCUGAAGAGCACAAGAAAAAUGAAGGGAAGGUUCAGUCGUCAUCAGUAAACUCUCCAACAACAACAACGACCCCUCAGAUUCCAGUUCUUUCAAAUACAACACUGGCAGAAAAUCUGGCGGUAUUACCGUUCCCAAUUUCCCACGGAACUAUUUGUCAGUCGGGCUUUGCUCGCCGCAAGUCAUCCAUCUCAGGACUCCUGACCUUCAACAAACCAUCAGGAAGACAAACAAGUCCCUCGACAUCUUCAUCACAAUCAUCAAAUACAGCUACAGCUACUGUUUCAUCGGUAUUGGCUGCUGGUAGCAUUGUGCCACGAAGGUCUUCUAAUGGUUUGACCAAUGCUUCAACCAAACCAAUCUCAAGUCUCAUUGCACCCAAAGGCCCUCUUGCGUCGUCAACAACAACAGCAACAACAACAACAUCAUCAUCAUCAUCUUCUUUUUCCAGUUCACCUGGCUCUCCCCUCUCUGCAACUGCUCCUAUUUGUCCGCCAAUGUCUACAAAUGCAACUGCAACAACUUUAGCUUCUUGUUCUACUUCUUCUUCGUCAUCUUCGCCGUUCCACCAUUCUACCACGAAAACAACAUACAUCUCCACUGCUUACUUUAUUCAAGACACGGUUUCCAAGUCACACAUAUUGAUUUGGGGUGACGUCGAGCCUGACUCUGUAUCGCAAACUCCGCGCAAUAUUUAUGUAUGGAAGCAUGCUGCGCUUUUAUUUUCUCAGAAUGCGCUGGCCGGUGUGUUUAUCGAAUGUUCAUAUCCGUUUUCCCACGAAGAAUUAUUUGGUCACUUUUCAACUCGUCACUUAAUUGCUGAACUUGUCACACUUUCUAAGUUUGUUCAAGACCCAAAUUUGAAAUCUUUAAAGGGUCUUACCAUUGUUAUUAUACAUGUCAAGGAUGAUGAUCCACUCGAAGCUGUUCCACCACCAUUAAAUCAUAAUUCAGCCAGACAUUCAAAUGAAACUUUCGGCUACCCCAAUCCUAAUUUAGAAUCCUCGAGCACUCCUUCCCUCAUUUAUCAAGAGCUCAUUGCAUACUCCAGAGAAGCUGGCUUGGAAUGCACUUUUAAGAUUGCAACUCCAGGUCUUUGCUUAUAUCUGUGA